AUGCAAUCCUCUCGCUUCCAAUCCAUUACCUCUCACUUCUCUCCGAGGUCUCUGCGAACCUCCUUUCGCCGGUCGUCUUCCGCUUCAUCUCGUGCGAGCAGCGAUCGAGGCUCGUAUGCCACAACAUCAUCGUCUCCUGUAAGCACAAUCAACAGCAUUGUCUUCCGUCAACCCUCGAUGCUCGACCUCGAAGAGGAACGAAGGAGUUUUGGCAGCGAGCUCAGUAUUCUUGAACCACGCCCUGCCAUGUACAUGGGCAGCGUGGAGGAGCGUAUGGGCUCUCUGUAG